AUGAGCGCUUUGAAGCUGCUUCAAUUCGCUCGUCAAUGGCGCUCCACGGCCAAAGAAGCCCUGGGUCACUCCGUCGUGUUCGCCCAAUUUCUCUCCCUUCUGCACGUCACUGAUGCCUACAUCUGCUCGCCAACCCUAGUCUACGGCCCGAGCAUGCUCCCGACGCUGAAUUUCACUGGCGACGUUUUGCUGGUCGACAAGAUGUCGCACAGGCUGGGAAAGGUGGGCCCCGGCGACGUCGUUCUGGUGCGGUCGCCGGAAAACCCCCGGAAGUCCAUAACGAAGCGCGUUCUGGGGUUGGAGGGUGAUGUGGUCACCUUCUUGGUGGACCCCAGUGGAAGCGACCGCUCUCACUCGUUAGUGGUGCCGAAGGGUCAUGUGUGGAUUCAAGGGGACAAUAUCUAUGCGUCCCGCGAUUCGCGACAGCUCGGCCCGAUACCUUACGGGAUGAUUCUUGGCAGAGUAUUUUGUAGAGUAUGGCCACCUCAAGACUUUGGACGACUAGGAUAA